ACGUUUCAUUAAGCGUAUCGACGCCGGCGUUUGACCGUUAAACCUAAAAGAAGAAAAGGGAAAAAAUCCCCAAAAGAAGAAGAAGAAGAAGAAGAACGAGGAGAGAGAGAAAGAGAGAGUUCACAAUUUUCGCGUGUUAUCAUAUUUCUCCCAAAAACCGUUAUCGACGGAGCAUUCCUCCACGCACAGCCACCUGAGGAGGCUGAUAAGAAUACGGCGACGGCGGUGCCUGCAAAAGCCAGGACGACGUCGUUCGCCGGAAGAGGAGAACUAAAAAGAGAAUAUAUAAACUGAAAUAAGUUUGAAGGAUUUUUUUUUUUUUGGAUUUUCCCUUUUCCUUUGCGUGGAUCUGAGAGUUUUUGUGUUUCGGAGAGAGGCGGAUGAUGGUUUCGAGAGGAUUGUUCGGUUGGUCCCCGCCGCACGUGCAACCUCUGACGCCGGUUUCGGAGGUUUCGGAGCCGCCGGAGUCUCCGUCGCCGUACCUUGACCCGGGUGCCGAGACCUCCGCGUCGCAGCAGCAGGUGGAGGUCGAUGAGGAGAUUGAGGAGCCGGAGGAGGUCGAGCCUCCGCCGGCGGCGGUUCCUUUCUCGAGGCUCUUCGCCUGCGCUGACCGGUUCGACUGGUUCCUCAUGGCUGCUGGUUCGGUCGCCGCCGCAGCUCACGGCGCCGCCCUCGUCGUUUACCUGCACUAUUUCGCGAAGAUCAUACAUGUGCAGGUGGAACCUAAGCACGAGCUGUUUCACAGGUUCAAUGAGCUUGCUUUAACCAUUGUUUAUAUUGCCGCGGGAGUUUUUGCAGCUGGUUGGAUUGAGGUUUCUUGCUGGAUUUUGACUGGAGAACGGCAGACUGCUGUCAUAAGGUCAAAAUAUGUUCAAGUGUUACUAAAUCAAGAUAUGAGCUUUUUUGAUACUUAUGGAAAUAAUGGAGACAUUGUAAGUCAAGUAUUGAGUGAUGUGCUGCUUAUUCAGUCUGCCCUUAGUGAAAAAGUUGGAAAUUAUAUUCACAAUAUGGCUACGUUCUUCAGUGGUCUUGUCAUUGGACUCAUAAAUUGUUGGCAGAUUGCUCUGAUAACGUUAGCAACAGGUCCGUUUAUUGUUGCUGCUGGAGGAAUAUCAAAUAUAUUCCUCCACCGACUUGCAGAGAAUAUUCAAGAUGCAUAUGCUGAAGCGGCUAGCAUUGCCGAACAGGCAGUUUCGUAUGUAAGGACAUUGUAUGCAUUCACAAAUGAAACAUUGGCCAAGUAUUCCUAUGCAACAUCACUGCAAGCUACUCUUAGAUAUGGUAUAUUAAUAAGUCUUGUUCAAGGGCUUGGUCUUGGAUUUACAUAUGGGCUUGCAAUAUGUUCUUGUGCAUUGCAACUCUGGGUUGGAAGGUUCUUGGUUAUACAUGGAAAAGCACAUGGUGGUGAAAUUAUAACAGCCCUGUUUGCUGUAAUUCUAAGUGGCUUGGGAUUGAAUCAAGCAGCAACCAACUUCUACUCUUUUGAUCAGGGGAGAAUUGCUGCUUAUAGAUUAUUUGAGAUGAUAAGCCGGUCAUCCUCAUCUGAUGAUCAUGACGGCAUUACUCCUGAUUCUGUGCAAGGAAAUAUAGAGUUUCGGAAUGUUUAUUUCAGCUAUCUGUCUCGUCCUGAAAUCCCUAUCUUGAGUGGAUUUUAUCUUAGUGUACCUGCUAAGAAAGCUGUGGCUCUUGUUGGCAGAAAUGGCUCUGGGAAAAGUAGUAUUAUUCCACUAAUGGAGCGUUUCUAUGAUCCUACAUUAGGGGAAGUUCUUCUAGAUGGAGAAAACAUCAAGAACUUGAAACUUGAAUGGCUUAGGAGCCAAAUAGGACUAGUCACCCAGGAGCCUGCUUUGCUUAGUUUGAGUAUAAGAGAUAAUAUUGCUUAUGGGAGGGAUGCCACCAUGGAUCAAAUUGAAGAGGCUGCUAAAAUAGCUCAUGCACAUACAUUUAUCAGCUCAUUGGAGAAAGGUUAUUACACACAGGUUGGCAGGGCUGGUCUGGCUUUGACUGAAGAGCAAAAAAUAAAACUUUCUAUUGCUAGAGCUGUGCUUUUAAAUCCAUCGAUUCUUCUACUUGAUGAGGUUACUGGUGGUCUUGAUUUUGAGGCUGAGAGGGCUGUUCAGGGGGCUUUGGACCUACUUAUGUUGGGACGCUCAACAAUAAUAAUUGCUCGACGGCUUAGUCUCAUAAGGAAUGCUGAUUAUAUCGCUGUUAUGGAGGAAGGUCAACUUGUUGAAAUGGGUACUCAUGAUGAAUUAUUGUCCUUGGAUGGCUUAUAUGCAGAGCUUCUUCGAUGUGAAGAGGCAGCAAAACUUCCCAAGAGGAUGCCUGUUCGAAAUUACAAGGAGACUGCAGUGUUUCAAAUUGAGAAGGAUUCUUCAGCAAGUCAUAGCUUCAAAGAACCAUCAUCCCCUAAAAUGUUGAAGUCACCUUCUCUUCAAAGAGUAUCUAAUGUAUCCCGCCCUCCAGACGGAAGCUUUAACUUGCUUGAAUCUCCAAAGGCCCGGAGCCCACCACCUGAGAAGAUGGUGGAAAAUGGUCAAGCUCUUGAUGGAGCAGAUAAGGAGCCAUCAAUAAGAAGGCAGGAUAGUUUUGAGAUGAGACUUCCAGAGUUACCUAAGCUUGAUGUGCAGUCUCUGCAUCGUCAAAAAUCAAAUGGUUCUGACCCAGAAUCUCCUGUUUCUCCCCUUUUAACAUCUGAUCCCAAGAGUGAACGCUCUCAUUCGCAGACUUUUAGUAGAACGCAGAGUUACUCUGAUGAUCUUUCGGCUGAAAAGAGAAAAUUGAAGGAUACAAGGCAUCAAAAACCACCAUCACUUAGGAAGCUUGCUGAGCUUAGCUUCGCUGAGUGGCUUUAUGCUGUGUUAGGAAGCAUAGGUGCUGCUAUUUUUGGUUCUUUCAAUCCUCUUCUUGCUUAUGUGAUUGGCCUUGUGGUGACAGCUUACUAUAAUAUUGAUAAAGAUCAUCACUUACGAUGGGAGGUAAACAAGUGGUGUUUGGCCAUUGGCUGCAUGGGUAUUGUGACAGUAAUUGCCAACUUUUUACAGCAUUUCUACUUUGGUAUCAUGGGGGAGAAAAUGACAGAAAGGGUUAGGAGAAUGAUGUUCUCAGCCAUGCUUCGGAAUGAAGUUGGGUGGUUUGAUGAUGAGGAAAACAGUGCUGACAAUUUAUCCAUGCGAUUGGCCAAUGAUGCUACUUUUGUACGAGCUGCUUUUAGCAAUAGGCUGUCUAUAUUUAUUCAGGACAGUGCUGCAAUUAUUGUUGGUCUUCUAAUUGGUGCCUUGCUGCACUGGCGGUUAGCACUUGUGGCUUUUGCAACCCUUCCAAUUCUCUGUGUUGCUGCAAUUGCCCAGAAGAUGUGGCUUGCUGGAUUUUCAAGGGGCAUACAGGAAAUGCAUAGAAAGGCAUCUUUGGUUCUUGAAGAUGCAGUUAGAAACAUUUACACUGUUGUUGCAUUUUGUGCUGGUAAUAAGGUAAUGGAACUUUAUAGGCUGCAGUUGAAGAAAAUAUUUAGGAAGAGCUUUCUUCAUGGGAUGGCAAUCGGUUUUGCAUUUGGCUUUUCACAGUUCCUACUUUUUGCUUGUAAUGCCCUUCUACUUUGGUACACUGGGAGAUGUGUAAAAAAUGGUUAUGUGCAACUAUCUACUGCACUCAAGGAGUAUAUGGUUUUCUCAUUUGCGACAUUUGCGCUUGUAGAGCCUUUUGGAUUGGCUCCUUACAUCCUUAAACGACGGAAGUCUCUCAUAUCAGUGUUUGAUAUCAUAGAUCGUGUGCCUAAAAUUGAUCCUGAUGAUAGCUCAGCAUUGAAGCCACCCAAUGUACAUGGAAGAAUUGAGUUAAAAAAUGUUGAUUUCUGUUACCCAACUCGUCCAGAAGUUUUGGUAUUGAGCAAUUUUAGUCUCAAAGUCAAUGGUGGGCAAACGGUUGCUAUUGUGGGAGUUUCUGGGUCAGGAAAGAGCACUAUUAUAUCGUUGAUUGAGAGGUUUUAUGAUCCAGUUUCUGGCCAAGUGGAACCUAUUAUCUUCUCAACAACCAUAAGGGAAAACAUCAUAUAUGCGAGGCACAAUGCCAGUGAAGCUGAGAUGAAAGAGGCUGCAAGAAUAGCAAAUGCCCAUCACUUUAUUAGCAGCUUGCCUCAUGGUUAUGACACUCACGUUGGGAUGCGAGGUGUUGACUUAACUCCUGGACAAAAACAGAGAAUUGCAAUUGCGAGGGUUGUGCUGAAAAAUGCACCUAUCUUGUUGUUGGAUGAAGCAAGCUCAUCAAUUGAAUCCGAGUCAAGCCGGGUGGUGCAAGAAGCUCUAGACACACUAAUAAUGGGGAACAAGACCACCAUUUUAAUUGCGCAUAGGGCUGCAAUGAUGAGGCAUGUGGACAAUAUCGUAGUGCUUAAUGGGGGACGGAUAGUGGAGGAGGGGACUCAUGAUUCAUUGAUGGCUAAGAAUGGUCUGUAUGUCCGAUUGAUGCAACCUCAUUUUGGUAAGGCUUUGCGUCAGCAUCGGCUUGUUUAGACUGGAACAAUGUGAUGUGAGUAACUUGUGUUGCUACUAAUGUUUGGUUCUCGAGCAUAGUUUCAUUUUCUGCUUGAGGUUGAAUCCCUGGGGACUCUUGCACCUGAUGGAUUUUCCGAGAAUGUCAGGUGGAAGUUGUGGGUCGACGGCCAAAAUGGAGCUCGGGUUAGCACACAGCACUGGUAGGCAUAGGAAGAGAAUACUGUAUUAGGGAUAUAGGAUGUGUAGGAAUUAAAGAUAGGAUUUUUGGAGUUUGGUUGGUUUGUGGAUUUGGGUGGUUGGAUUCUUUUGGAAGCAUGAAACUUAGAACGAAGGUGUAAUGUAUCCAUGGUAUUGAUUUGGUUUCUCUAGAGAGAGGGUGGAAUUAACACACUAGUUCUGCUGAGGUCACUACUUUUUCACUCUCCUUAACUCAACCGUGGAUGAUGGAUGAACUUAUUGUUAACUGUAAUUUUGUUUUAUAUUUUUGAAUCUGUGAAAAUUGUAGAAAAUUGAGAAUCCAAAAGAUGUAACCUCUGUAUAUAUACAAUGAUAGUUUAGAAGGCAUUAGUUUUGCUGCUUGAAUUCAAUGUGUGUUCUUUUCAUUUUGGUUUCAAUUGUAAACACAAGCUUCAAUUGUAGAAAUACUGAAAUAGAUAAGACAGGUCAGUGCACUAAAUGUCCCAUUU